CCUCGCUGGAGGUAGAUCACAUCAAGAGGAGGCAUGCCAGGAACCGGCUGGUUUUGACAUUCGCCCGUGGAAUAACUCACUGGAAAUCCGAGAGGAAUAAGCACUGUAACGAUUCCCAAAUGGGAUCGGUGAGGUUCCCGCGUGUCUAACCAGAAUCUUUAUAGUUCGGUUCAUGUUUUUUGGGAAUCCACGCACGUUUCAUGAGCAGCAUGUUGUUCCAUGUGGAAUACCAUGAGAUGGACAGUGAGUAACGCCGUGUCUGGAUGCCGGACGGCGUGUGUCGUUUAUCUUCUGCUGGUGUUUGUCGUCCUCUCAUCGGGCACCGCGUGUCAUCGCAGAGGGAGUCGGGCGAACCGGCCGCACAGGGUCACCAACUCCACCAUCUCGGGGCGGCAUGUGCGCAGCUACGUUCACCUGCAGGGCGACGUGCGCCAGAGGAAACUCUUCUCCUUCCAGAAAUUCUUUCUUAGGAUCGGGAAAGACGGGAGAGUCAACGGCACCAAGAGCAAAGACGACCCCUACAGUAUUCUGGAGAUCACAUCAGUGGAUAUCGGGAUCGUCGCCAUCCGAGGUCUGGGCAGUAACCUCUACCUGGCCAUCAGUAAGAAGGGAGAGCUGCAUGGGGCGAGAAGCUACGGUGUAAACUGUCGUCUGAAGGAGCGGAUCGAGGAGAACGGGUAUAACACGUACGCAUCUGCCCAGUGGAGGAACAAGAAGCGUCAGAUGUUUGUGGGUCUGAGCGCUCACGGCAGGCCUCUCCGCGGAAGAAAGACUCGCAGGAGGAACACGGCAACACACUUCUUGCCCAUCGUGGUGUGACUUUCAAAAUGCUGCUGAGACAGAGAGAGAUCUUAUCCAGAUCGAAACGAGAUUAAAGACUUUGUCUCCUCAUAACGUCUGUGCUCAUUUGAGAUGUUCAGUGUUUGUUUGCACCUUUCUUGCUCUUCGGUUGCUGGCACUAGACAUUAUACUCUCACACAAAUUUAUAUUGAGUUGUAUCAUGUACAGGAGAGCAGGUCAACGAACGAGGAAAGAUAACCGCAAAACUAAAGUUGUGGAUUUUGUGUGCAAGAAUUUCCUUUAUGCUCUUAAUAAUAGAAUCACAUUUCUUAACAGGUCUGUUUACUUUUAUUUUUUUAUUUAAUGGACUGUUGAACAUCUUGUAGCUGCACUCAAGCUACACGUACUGCACGAGAGAGAAAGAGAGAGAGAGCGAGAGAGAGAGAGAGAGAGAGAGAGAGAGGAACUGGGGAUAUGUGAAAACAUAUGAGAAAUUUGUAUCUGUUCUGAAGCA